AUGUCACAGCAGCGUGACACGGCGUUCGCCGCGUCGCUUGUUGUUGCCUCGCUCGCGCUCGCCGUGCUCCUCGCGCGGCGGCGGCGGCGGCUGCCCGCUCGCUUCGAUCUCCAGCGGCUGGUGCGUCCGUGCGUCCUCCGGCUCGCGCCCUACACCUUCCCGCCUCGCUUUGGCCUCGCCGAGGCGCCUGUGCUGCUCGACGCCAACGAGAACCCGCACGGGUCAACCGUCGAGGCGCUGGACGCGGCGCUGCACCGCUACCCCGACCCGCGACAGGCGAGGCUCAAGGCGGCCAUCGCAGGCCUUCGAGGAUGUGCGCCGUCGCAGGUUGUGGUGGGCUGCGGCUCAGACGAGAUCAUUGACCUCCUGAUCCGGGUGACGUGCGAGCCCGGCCGCGACUCGAUCCUGGUCUGCUCGCCGACAUACGCAAUGUACCAGAUCUUUGCGAGCGUCAACGACGUCUCCACGGUCGACGUCCCGCUCUCCGCCGACGACUACCAGCUGCGAGUUGGCGCGAUUCUGCAGUCGCUCACGCCGCGGGUGAAGCUCGUCUUCCUGUGCUCGCCGGGCAACCCGACAGGGCGGCUUCUCCGGCGCGCCGACAUCGAGGCCAUCGCGGCGGCCGCCACAGGCUCGCUCCGCUGCCGCCAGCCUUUGCUGCCGCCGCCCUCCGCCACCGCCUCAUCCUCUCUCCGCCGCCGCGCUCUGUCCAUCGCAGCCGUGCCAGAGCCCGCCCUCCUCCUCCCCGCGGCGGCAGGGUCGCUCGUCGUCGUCGACGAGGCCUACGUCGACUUUGCGCCCGACGAGGCCGCCGCGUCGUGCGUCCCGCUCGUCGGCCGCACGCCGAACCUCGUCGUCUCGCAAACCUUCUCCAAGGCGUGGGGGCUGGCGGGCGCGCGGGUGGGCGUCGCCGUUGCGCCCGAGCCGCUCGUCUCCGCCCUCGACCGCGCGCCGUUCAACCUGUCCACGCUGGCAGAGCAGGCGGCUCUGCGCGCCAUCCGGGCGGCCCCCGCCGUGCGGGCGCAGCGGGACCGCGUCCUCGCCGAGAGAGAUCGCGUCGCCGCAGCGCUCUCCGCCCCAGAGUUCGCCAGCGCCGUGCGGCGGGUCUCGCCCUCGGACGCCAACUUUCUGCUCGUGCGCGUCGCCAACUGCCGCGCGGUGUGCGACGCGCUCGCCGAGCGGCACGGCGUGGUGGUGCGGUACCGCGGCGGCAUGCUGCAUUGCGACGGCUGCAUGCGCGUGACCAUCGGCACCGAGGAGGAGAACGAGAGGAUGCUGGCGGCGCUGCGGCGUGCGGUCGCCGAGCCAGCGUGAUCGAGAGGAGUACGCGAUGCUGCUGUUAAAGCCGUACGGGACAGCGCAAUACGGUCGCACGCCGAGUUCUUAUGUAACUUUCAUAAAUACCGUUGCACUU